GGAGCAAACACAUCCUGGGGUCGGUAGCAGAGGAAUAUCCUCUCCAUCCCCAUGGGCAGCAUCCCCUUUUCCAGCCAUUUUUCCCUCCUUGUAGCUUCAUACAGACCCGAAUUGUACCACUAACCCUCAGUGAGAGCCUGUGCUGGGGAUUUGCAACCUCCCAGGAGCUGAAAAGGACAGGACUUCAUCCUUUGUGGACAGACUGGCAACGAGCACGCCUUCAUUUGCUGGACAUAUCUCGGUUGUGAUCCCUACCCAGAAAAUCUUGGUUUUGGUGCAGCAGGAGGACGCUUGCAGGGCAGCGGCUCCCCAAGCACCCCCCAAACGGUUCUCAAUGUGACUCCCACCCAGGAUGCACCAUGUCUCCCCAGCACCAGCUCUGACGAUGAUGGCCACCCAGACAGUGCCCCCUCCUCCUUACCAAGACACACCACAGAUGACGGCCACAGCCCAGCAGCCCACCAAGGCACAGCCCGUCCAUCUCGCCACACCGGCGGCGGCCCCCAACGCACCGGUACCCACCGCGGCCACCGACCCCCAGGCACAACUGGAGGCCGACAAGCGAGCCGUCUACAGGCACCCUCUGUUUCCACUGCUGACUCUCCUCUUUGAGAAGUGCGAGCAGGCGACACAGGGCUCUGAGUGCAUCACCUCUGCCAGCUUUGAUGUCGACAUCGAGAACUUCGUCCACCAGCAGGAGCAGGAGCACAAGCCCUUCUUCAGUGAUGACCCUGAGCUGGACAACCUGAUGGUGAAGGCGAUCCAGGUGCUGCGCAUCCACCUCCUGGAGCUGGAGAAGGUCAAUGAGUUGUGCAAGGACUUUUGCAACCGCUAUAUCACCUGCCUCAAAACCAAGAUGCACAGCGACAACCUACUCAGGAAUGACCUGGGGGGGCCCUACUCCCCCAACCCCUCCUCCAUCAGCCUCCACCCCCAGGAGAUGCUGCAGAGCUCACCUGCACCACUGCCACCUGCUUCCAACCCUCCGCCGGGCAUAGUGGUGCCAGCAGCCGCGCUGCCACCGGGCAACUUGGCCAUGAGUGCCAGCAGCGGCUCACCCGCCGUGCCAGGUGGAGCCUUGUACCAGCCUGUGACGAUGGUGACAUCACAGGGCCAGGUCCUAGCUCAAGCCAUUGCCCCCGGUGCCCUGCAGAUCCCCAACGCCCAGGUGAACUUGGAUCUCUCCUCUCUCCUCGACGGUGAGGACAAGAAGUCCAAGAACAAGCGGGGAGUCCUGCCCAAACAUGCCACCAACAUCAUGCGCUCGUGGCUCUUCCAGCAUCUCAUGCACCCUUACCCUACAGAGGACGAGAAGAGGCAAAUCGCUGCCCAAACCAACCUGACCCUCUUGCAAGUAAACAACUGGUUCAUUAAUGCCCGACGGCGCAUCCUGCAGCCAAUGCUUGAUGCCAGCAACCCAGACCCAGCCCCCAAAGCCAAGAAAAUAAAAUCUCAGCACCGACCCACCCAGCGGUUCUGGCCCAACUCCAUUGCUGCUGGCGUCCUGCAGCAGCAGGGUGGCAACUCGGGGACAAAUCCUGAUGGCUCACUCAGCAUGGACAACCUGCAACCCCUCUCAUCAGCCACGGCCACCAUGGCCAUGCAGCAAGCCAUGCUGGCAGCCCAUGAAGACUCCCUUGAUGGCACCGAAGAAGAGGAGGAGGAUGACGAGGAUGAGGAUGAGAUGGAGGAGGAGGAAGAAGAGGAGGAAGAGUUGGAGGAAGAGCCUGGUGGCCUUCCGGCGGCGCCUGGUGCAGACCUUGGCUUGGACCACAGUGACUCACUGGAAUAGCUCCUCCUGCACCCUCCCCAAAUCACUGACGGCACCAGAAACAAAACUCCCCCCAAAAUGCCAAAAAGCCGGCAAGAACAAAAACAAAAGUGGUGAGAAAAAAGCAAACUGGAGGCGCUGGUGGAUGCCCCAGAUGCCCACAGGAGCAUGGGGACUACCACAUUGGCAUAUGGAAGUGAAGGACACAUGUUUACAAGGCACAUAUUGUGGCCAGACUAAAUUUUUUUUCCAGGUUUUAUUCUUAUUUUCCCCUUCUCCCCGUCAUUUUUGGUAAGAAGAAGCGUUUUUAGGGGAAGCUGUUUGCCCCAGACAAUGCUUGAAUGCUUUUGGACAACGGCGGGUUUUCACCGUGGGCCACUGGGUCCAUCACUUAGAUUUCUUGGUGCAAAAAGAACCCCGAACAACCCCAGGACUGAUGCUUUUGGGGCUUUUCCCCCCAAAAGGUGAUUCACAGGCAUAAAUAACAGUGCGCAGGGAAAAAAAAUAAUCAGCGGGUGCAAAUUCUGUUUCAGGUUGGAUCUGAGGAGGUUUUUGCACUCGUGACCCACCGGCUUGCCCAAACCUCCCCAUUUUGACCCCAGUGAUGCAGUUGUUUGGUGACUCCAGAUGCAAUUUUCUGGAAAAAGGAGGAAAUUUCCCCAAUUCCUUUAAUUUAUGUGCUAAAACCCCAUCGAAUUGGGAAAAAAAACCCAUCCUCACCCUUAAGGGCAGAGAUUGGACACAGAGUUGGGGCAAAGGCUGCCGGGAGCAAGACUCUCCCAGGGCAUUUUGGCACUGAGUCGGGAAAAUAUGGGGGAAAAAAGAGGUAUAAAAAAAUGCAGAUUUUCACCAAAAAUUGAGUAGCGACUCCCAAGAUUCACUCGGGUAGAAGGAAAUUCAGUAUUGUUGCUGGAAAGACCCUGAUACAGUCCACCCACAUGGGAAAAUGGUGGUGUUUUGCCCCAAAGGAGCCCUGGGGGAUGGCAGCUCUGCAAAAAACCCAACGUAUUUUGGCAUUUUUUUUAAAUGCUAGCAAAAGGGUGAAUUUCGCCUUAAAACAUGGGGCAGGGGGAAAUGCAAAAGGAAACCCAGCUGAUGUGGUGCAAAAAUAAUAAAAAAAAGAAUUUUCUUCUCUAGGGUCCUCCUGUAAAUGCAGGUUUCUGUAAGAAGGAUAUUUUUUUUUUGGCGGCUUUUUGCCGGCUUUGUCAUUAUUUUUUUUGGCUCUUGAGGAGUUAAGAAAAAAAACCCCAACAGCAGCUGGGGAAAAAAAAAAAAGAUGAGUGAUGCAAUGGGCAGAAAAGCCUAUUUUUCGAUACUGAUCUGGCGUGAAUGUAAUCUGUAAUUUCAUAAAGGACUCAUUGUAAUUUACUAUUAAUUCAUGGUCAUUUAUUAUAAAGUGCUACGAGAUGAGGUUUCA